AUGAGAGGAAUCUCUGCCAGCUCAGUGGAGCUUGUCAGUGAAGUCCCUUACUCUCCUGGUCUAGAGCAAACCAUAGCUCCAGUGAGCGCAAACCCAGAAACUGGGAACAGUUCACCUCCAACUUUGAUCAGCACCUCAGUGGAGAGACUGGAUGAUUCUGAGACCACCACAGACACCAUAGAGGGAAUUCAUCCUUCCACAGAUGCAUCAGUCUCCACUGUGUGGGCAACCAGUUCUGGGACUGAACUACAUUCCUCUGCUUCUGCUCACUCGGAGUCACACAAGAUCACAUCACCCAUGGUUACUGAAACCACUGUGGAGGCCACCACCGUUUCUUCUUCAGCUUCUAUUUUUCCUAAGUCUGCAAGAGCUAGGGCAGAACCUAACUCCACACAGACCCCUGGACUGAGGGAGACGAGUAUUUACCAGGGUGCCAGCUCAGCCACAGACACAAGCAUGACCAUUUUCCAAAUGUCCAGUGCUGCAACUACUGAGGUCCUGAGGACAGAGUUCACUUUCUCUGAGAAAAUAUCUAGCCCAGAUCCUAUUCAGUCCUUGGAGGCCCACAACAUCCCCAAAGGAAUGAGCACCAACCAUUGGCCUGAUGAGUCUGUGGUGAUCACAACUAGGGAGUCACUGACAGAACGGGCACAUGGAGGUAGCACGUGGUCAACCGGUGAUCCUACGUCUCCGGUGACUACCAUCAAUCUGGAUCUGGGAGGCAUUACAAGUGGGGUCACACCUGAUGCAAUGGUAAGUAGCAAUGAAGUCACUUUCUCAGGGAGUCAAGUUCUCACCAGCAGAGAGGCAGAACAGAGUUCUACCUAUCCUCCCACCACAACUUCUGCAACUCCACGGCACGUGUCCAGAACAACAGCAACAACUCUGGGUAUGACGUCAUACACAAAACGAACUCCAGAUCCAACUCCCCAGGGACAUGGGCUAAGUACUCCUAAAACAGAACCAAGAGCUACAUCUGACUCCUGGACCAGGGAAGAAAUAGCCUCAAGCGCAUCUCUGAACACUGAGGUGCUAAGUGUCUCUCCUGGCUUGAGAGGGACAAUCAAGAAGGUUACUGACUCCUCAAGCUUAUUGAGGACCACAGAUCUGCUGGACACAAGCUUGGAAUCCGGGACAAGUUCAUUCCCAAGUUGGAAAAACAGCACAUAUGAGAGAAUAGCUACUUCUGAGCCCACUACUGACAAGGAGGCAAUUCAGUCUUCUACAAACACAGCAGAGACAAGUGUGUGGACCACAAAUUCUACACAGAAACCUCAUUCCACUGUCCUGGUCCACUCAGAGCCAUCCUGGGUCACAUCUCUAGUAGUUACCACCUCCACAAUGGAGGACACCACUUUUUCCACAUCAACACCUCUCUCUUUUGAUACUACCAGAAUUGAGACAGAGCCAACUUACUCACAAACCUCUGAACUGAGGGACACCAGCACCUCCCAGAGGACCAGUUUAACUAAAGAGAAAAGCACUGUCCUUUCCCAUAUGUGCAUGGAUACUGCUACUACUGAGCUCUCAAGGACAGAGUUUCCCUCCUUUGAUAGCACAUUCAUCCGAGGACCUACUGAAUUAACAAGGUCCCUGGAUAUCCCUUCAGGAACCAGCAGUAGACCCUCUAUCUUCCCUCCCAUGUCAGAAUCUGUACACAUGACCUUCACUACACAGACAAGUCCUCCUGGGGAUACAUCACUGAGUGCACUUACCUUGGGCACAUCAACCACAGGCUCCUGGGAAGGGACCCAACUACCCUUCUCAAGGCCCGCUGGGGCCAUAAAUCCAAUUGAUGCUGCCUCCACCAAGGGUGACACCACUACUUCCACAUCAACGUCUGCCUUCUCUGAAAUCAAUAGACUAGAGACAGAGACAAUCUCCAACAAAACUCCUGGACUAAAGAAUAUGAGCACCUCUCUAAUGACCACUUCAGUCACAGAGACAAGCACUGUCCUUUCCUAUAUGUCCACUGGUACUGCUACUACUGAAGUGUCUUGGACAGAAUUCACCUCCUCUAGCAAGACAUCCAUCACAGACCCUACUCAGUUUAAAUCUUCUCCCAAAACAUCUAUACAGAGUAGCACCAGCCCCUCUAACACCCCUGUCAGGACAGAAUCUGCAGAAAUGCCCUUCACUACACAAACGGGUACUUCCAGGGCUAUUUCAAAGGGUGCACUUAACUUGGACACAUCAACUAUGGCCUCCUGGGCAGGGAUGCCAUCGGUUGUGACUCAGCGUCUUCCACACUCAGAGAUGACCACUCUCAUGAGCAAAGGUUCUGAGGAUGUAUCAAGGACCAGAACUCCCUCUGUGGAAGAAACAAGCUCUUCCUUUUCUUUGUCCUUUCUCCCUGCCACAACCUCACCUUCCCCUAUAUUGUCCACAUUACAAGGGUACAGCCCGUCCUCUCUGCUACCUGUGACCCCAGUCUUCACUUCUGGUCUGGUGAAGUCCACAGAUAUGUUGGGCACAAGCUUGGAAUCUGGCACAACUAGAUCAACCACAGUGACAAUCCCUGUUCUUUUCCAAGUGUCCACUGGUACUGAAACUACUGAGGUCUCCAAGCUAGAAAUCAUAGCCACCGAUAUAAUAUCAAACCCAAGUCUUGCUCAAUCCAAAGGUUCUACUGACAUAACUACAGAGAGCAACACCAUCUCCUCUACCUUGCCUCUGAGGAUGGAAUCUGCAGGAAUGACCUUCACCACCCAAACAGAUGAGCCUGGGGCUAUAUCACAGGGUGCACUUACCUUGGACUCAUCAACCACAGCCUCCUUGCUAGGAACCCCUUCAGCUGUGACUCAUGGUUUUCAACACUCUGAGAUGAUCACUCUCAAAAGCAAAGAUCCUCUGGAUGUGUCAAGAAUGAGCACACCCUCUCAAAAGCAAAGAUCCUCUGGCAGUUCUCUCUACUCCCAGGCACCUACUCCUGCCACCAGCUCACCUUCCCCUGUAUCCUCUAUCUUACAAGGAGGCAGUCACUCCUCUCCUCUUCCUGAGACCUCAGUUCUCACCUCUGGCCCAGUGAAGACCACAGACAUGUCGGUCACAAGCCUGGAACCUGGCACCAGGUCACCCCCAAAUUUGAGCAGCACCUCAAGUGACAUACUGACCACUUCUGAAGCCACCAAGGAUAUGGAGGCAAUUCACCCUUCCACAAACACAGUAGCAGCCACCGUGGGGACCACCAGUUCUGGACAUAAGCUACAUUCCUUGGUCCCAGCCCCUUCAGAGCCACCCAGGGUCACAUCUCAUAUAGAUACAACCUCUAUCAUGGGGGAGAUGAGUGUUUCCACAUCAUUCACUGAAUACUAUGAGACCACUGAGAUUGAGGCAGAGUCAACUUCCUCCUUGACCCAUGGACUGAGGGAGACCAAGACAUCACUAGAUUCCAGUUUAGUUAAAGAUACAAGCACUGUCUUUUUCUUUGUGUCCACUGGUGCUGCUACUGAAGUCUCCAGGACAGAAACCAUCUCCUCUAGCAGGACAUCCAUCCCAGGCUCUACUCAUUUCAAAAUGUCUCCCAACACACCUACAGAAAGCAACACCAAUCCCUCUAUCUCCCAUCUCAGGACCGAAUCUGCAGGAAUAACCUUUGCCACCACAACAGGUCCUCCUAGAGCUAUGUCACAGGGUGCAUUUACCUUGGACACAUCAGCCACAAAUUCUGGGACAGGGACCUCCUCAGUUUUGACUCAGGGUUUUCCACAGUCAGAGAUGACCACUCUCAGAGAUGACCACGUUCAGAUCACACUCAGAGAUAACCACCAAGAUGUGUUGAGCCCUCCCUCUGUGGAAGAAGCCAGAUCUCUGUCUUCCAUGGUACAUACUCCUGUCACGACCUCACCUUCCUCUGUGUCCUCCAUGUUACAAGGGAACAGUCCCUCCUCUCCUCAUCCUGGGACCUCAGUUCUGACCUCUGGCCCAGUGAAGACCACAGCCAGUUUGGGGACAAGCUUGGAACCUGGCAACAGUUCACCUCCAAACAUAAGCAGCACCUCAAGGGAUAUAUUGACCACUUCUGAAGCCACCACAGACACAGGGGCAAUUCACCCUUCCACAAACACAGCAAAGGCCACAGUUGGGACCACCAGUUCUGAACAUGUAUCACUUUCUUUUGUCCUGGCCCACUCUGAGCCUUCCAGGGUCACAUCUCCAGUGGCUACCACCUCCAGGAUGGUAGACUUCACUGUUCCCACAUCACAACCUGCAUCUUCUGAGACCACAAGGAUUGAGACAAUGCCACUUUCCUCCUUUACUACUGGAAUGAGAGAAACCAACACUUCCCAACGAACCAACUCACCUUCUGAGACAUACACUGUUCUUUCCCAUGUAUCAACAGGUGCUGCUACUACUGAGCUCUCCAAGACAGACAUUCCAUCCUCUGAUAGAACACUCAUUCCAGGUUCUACUCAGUCAACGUGGUCCCCAGAAAUCUUCUCAGGAACCAGCAGUAGACCCUCUAUCUCCCCUCUCAUGACAGGGUCUACACACAAAACCCUAACCACACAGACUGUUUCUCCUGAGCCUACUGCAUCACUGGAUGCACUUAGCUUGGACACACUAUCCACUCCACUGGUUACUUCCGCUGUUUCCACGUUAACACCUGUCUUCUAUGAGAUCACAAGGAUUGAGAGUGAGUCAACUUCCUCCCUGACCCCUGGAAUGACCGAGUACACCACUUCCCAGCCGACUAUCUCAGCUACAGAUAUAAACCCUCUCCCUGCUCAAGUGUCCACUGGUGCUACUAAUACUGAGGUCUCCAGGAUAGGACUCAUAUCCUCUGACAGAAUAUCCAACCCAGGCCCUGAUCAGUCCAAAAGUUCUACUGAUACAGUGACAGAAGGCAGUAUCAGCCCUUCAACCUCCCUUCUCAUGAAAGAUACUGCAGGAAUGACGCUCACCCCUCAAACAGGUACACUUACCUUGAACACAUUAACCACAGCCUCAUGGGUAAAGACCCCCUCGGUUUUUGCUCAGGAUUUUCCACACUUAGAGAUGACCACUCUUAUGAACAGAGGUCCUAAGGAUGUGUCGAGCCCUCCCUCUGUGGAAGAAACCAGCUUUUUAUAUUCCCUAUCACCUAUCCCUGCCACAACCUCAUCUUCCCUUGUUUCAUCCACAUUACCAGAGUCCAGUCCCUCCUCUUCUCUUCCUGUUACCUCACCUCUCACCUCUGACCUAGUCACAACCUCAACAAUGUUGAGCACAAGCUUGAAACCAGGCAUCAGUUCACCUUCAAGUUUGAGCAACACUUCAGUUGAGAUAAAGUCCACUUCAGAAACCACCAUGAAUAUAAAGGCAAUUCACCUUUCCACAAAUACAAUGACCACUGUGAUGACCACCAGUUCUGGACAUGAAUCAGGUUCCGCAGUCCUGAUCCAUUCAGAGCCAUCCAGAACCACGUAUCCAGUGGUUACUGCCUUUACAAUGGGGGACACCACUAUUCCCAUGUCAAUACCUGCCUCUUUGGAGACCGCAAGUUUUGAGACAGCACCACUUUCCCAUCUGACUCCUGGAUUGAGGGACACUAGCAUGUCUCUGGACAGUAGCUGAGCCAUACCAUCACACACACCUGCAACUCCUGUGCCCACUCAUCUCUUGAAGGAACCAAAGACAGAUACCACCUCUUCUGUAACAAUAUCAAUCCCAGAUCAGUCUCCAUCUUCGCAGUUACCUGAAAUUCCUGUGGAAACAAUCACUCACCUUUAUGCUUCUCCCUCUGUUACUGGGUCUACUGGGGUAACUUCCCUCCCAGAAUCCAACCUUAGUGCAUCUGUACCAGGAAGCACUCGUCACCUGAGCACAGAUAUGCCUCCUUCAGCUGAGACCAUCCCAGCUGACACAAUGAGCCCUUCUCUGCCAGAGGCCAUGGCUUCCUCUGCCACAGCUAGAGUUCCAGGCACCAGCUCAGCUGCCCUCUCAGCCAAUCCAUUCUCUAGGACAGAGUCAAGCCCUGGAGUUGAUACUGUCUCCACCACUGCAGAAAACCUGCCUUCACUGGCUGAAACACCAUUCCCUUCUUCCACCUUUACUACCACUGACUCUUCAACCAGCCCCACCCUCCAUGGGAUGACUUCCUCACCAGCUGCCCCACAUACAGUGGGGACCAGCCUUGGUGCAAAGAGCAGCACUGCUAAAGGAUGCCUGGUGAUGGCCAGUACUUUGGAGACAUGGAACCAGCCAAUCAGGACAUCUUUAUUACCCCUUGAGGAUACCAAAACAACAGAGAGUGUUGACUUGGGAACAGUGACAAAUGGUUCUCAAAUUCCUUCACACUCAGCACCUUUGACAAGGACUGAUGGCAUAGUGAAGCCUAUCACAAAGGUACCCAAUAAAGCAGCACAUGGAGAUACCACAGGACCAACUAGUUUCCCUCAGGCAUCCACGUCAUCUGUUAUUCAUAGAGUACUACCCACAAGAGGGACAGAGAGGGCAGAGACCACUGUCACAGCUCUGAAGGUCACAGGAGGCACAGCGAUUCCGACCACUCCCUCCACUGGCACCUCGGGAACACUGACUGCCCUCAGGACAUCAGGUGACACAGCCACCUCCAGCACAACAGGACUGAUCAUCACAACCCCAGCUGUUUCUCCCAAUGUUCUAGAGAUGACAGCCUCGCUGGCCACCUGGCCUGGGGCAGAGACCAGCACAGCUGUUCCCAGGAGAACUCCAUUUGCUUUCAAGAGUGAGCCAGAGACCACAAACUUACUGGUCCCUAGUUCUGCAGCAGAGACCAGCCCAGCUCUUGGAGCUCUGACUGAUUCUCCUCGUGAACCAGAGACAACAACCUCAUGGGUCACCCAUCCUGCAGAGACCAGCCCAACUGUUCCCAGGACAACCCUGAAUAUUUCCUACAGCAUAUCAGACACCACACCCUCAGUGGCCACCAGUUCUCAGGCAGAAGCCAGUUCAGCUGUUCCAACUCUGACUGUCUCUCCUGGUGUCCUGGAUAUGGUGACCUCACUGGUCACUAGUUCUGGGGCAGACACCAGUACAACUAUUCCAUCUAUGACUGAUUCCCUAGGUCAAUCAGUGACCACAGCCUCACUGACCACUCAUCCUGGGGCACAGACCAGUUCAGCUGUUUCAACUCCAGCUGUCUCCUCUAGUGAGCAGGGGAUGGUGACCUCACUGGUCACUAGUUCUGGGGCAGAGACUAAUACAAGUAUUCCAGCUAUGACCGAUUCCCCAGGUCAAUCAGUGACCACAGCCUCACUGACCACUCAUCCUGGGGUACAGACCAGUUCAGCUGUUUUAACUCCAACGGUCUCCUCUAGUAAGCAGAGGAUGGUGACCUCACUGGUCACUAGUUCUGGGGCAGAGACCAGCAUGGCUACCCCAGCUAUGACUGAUUCCCCUGGUGAGCCAGAUACAGCAGCCGCAUCAGUCACAUAUCCUACAGAGACCAGCCCAAAUGUUCGCAGGACUACCCCAAAUGUUUCCCACAGUGAAGCAGACAGCACACCUUCAAUGACCACCAGUCCUGGGGACGAAGCCAGCUCUGCUGUUCCAGUUCUGACUGUCUUACCUGGUGUCCUGGAUAUGGUGACCUCACUGGUCACUAGCUCUGAAGCAGAAACUACUACAACUAUUCCAACUAUGACUGAUUCCCUUCACGAAACAGAGACUACAGCCAUACCAGUCACCCAUUCCAGGGCAGAAGUCAGUUCAGCUGUUUCAAUUUUUACUGUCUCUCCAGGUUUACCAGGGAUGGUGACCUCAUUGGUCACUAGUUCUGGGGAAGAAAUCAGCCCAGCUCUUGGAACUCUGACUGAUUCCAUUCGUGAACCAGAGACAACAACCUCAUGGGUAACCCAUCCUGCAGAGACCGGCCCAACUGUUCCUAGGACAACCCCGAAUGUUUCCCACAAUGAAUCAGACACCACACCCUCAAUGGCCACCAGUCUUCAGGCAGAAGCCAGUUCAGCUGUUCCAACUCUGACUGUCUCUCCUGGUGGCCUGGAUAUGGUGACCUCACUGGUCACUAAUUCUGGGACAGACACCAGUACAACUAUUCCAUCUAUGACUGAUUCCCCAGCUCAAUCAGUGACUACAACCUCAUUGACCACUCAUCCUGGGACACAGACCAGUUCAGCUAUUUUAACUCCAACUGUCUCUUCUAGUGAGCAGGGGAUGGUGACCUCACUGGUCACUAGUUCUGGGGCAGAGACCAACACGGCUAUCUCAACACUGACUGAUACCCCUGGUGAGACAGAUAAAACAACUUCAUUGGUCACAUAUCCUGCAAAGACCAGCCCAAAUAUUCCCAGGACAACUCAGAAUAUCUCCCACAGUGAAUCAGACACCACACUCUCAACAGUCACCAGUCCUCAGGCAGAAGCCAGUUCAGCUGUUUCAACUCUGACUGUCUCACCUGGUGUCCUGGAUAUGGUGACUUCACUGGUCACUAGCUCUGGGGCAGAGACUAGUACAACUAUUCCAACUAUGACUGAUUCCCUUCAUGAAACAGAGACUACAGCCUUACUAGUCACCCAUUCUAGGGCAGAAGUCAGUACAACUGUUUCAAUUUUGACUAUCUCCCCUGGUUUACCAGGGAUGGUGACCUCAUUGGUCACUAGUUCUGGGGAAGAGACCAGCCUAGCUUUGGGAACUCUGACUGAUUCCCCUCAUGAGCCAGAGACCACACCCUCAAUUGCCACCAGUCCUCAGGCAGAAGCCAGUUCAGCUGUUCCAACUCUUACUGUCUCUCCUGGUGUCCUGGAUAUGGUGACCUCACUGGUCACUAGUUCUGGGGCAGACACCAGUACAACUCUUCCAUCUAUGACUGAUUCCCUAGGUCAAUCAGUAACCACAACCUCACUGACCACUCAUCCUGCGGCACAGACCAGUUCAGCUGUUUCAACUCCAACUGUCUCUUCCAGUAAGCAGGGGAUGGUGACCACACAGGUCACUGGUUCCGGGGCAGAGAUCAGCAUGGCUAUCCCAACUAUGACUGAUUCCCCUGGUGAGCCAGAUACAACAGCGUCAGUGGUCACAUAUCCUACAGAGACCAAAGCCAGCUCUGCUGUUCCAGCUCUGACUGUCUCACCUGGUGUCCUUAAUAUGGUGACCUCACUGGUCACUAGCUCUGGGACAGAGACCAGUUUACCAGGGAUGGUGACCUCAUUGGUCACUGGUUCUGGGAAAGAGACAAGCCCAGCUCUUGGAACUCUGACUGAUUCCCUUCGUGAACUAGAGACAACAACCUCCUGGGUCACUCAUCCUACAGAGACCACCCCAAAUAUUCCCAGGACAACCCCAAUUAUUUCCCACAGUGAAUCAGAUACCACAUCCUCAAUGGCCACCAGUCCUCGGGCAGAAACCAGUUCAGCUGUUCCAACUCUUACUGUCUCUCCUGGUGUCCUGGAUAUGGUGACCUCACUGGUCACUAGAUCUGGGGUAGAGACCAGCACAACUAUUCCAACUAUGACUAAUUCCCUGCGUGAACCAGAAACUACAGCCUUAUUAGUUACCCAUCCCAGCACGGACACCAGUUCAUCUGUUCCAGUUCUGACCGUUUCUUAUUCCCCAAGUCAACCAGAGACCACAGGCUCAUUAGCAACCCAUCUUGGGAGAGAAACCAGUUCAGCUGUUCCAGCUCCAACUACCUCCCCUGAUAUAUCAGAAAUGGUGACCUCACUGGUCACUAGUUCUGGAGCAGAGACCAGUACAACUACUCCAACUCUGACUAUUUCUCUUGGUGAACCAGAAACCACAUCCUCAUUGACCAGCCAUCCUGGGACUAAGUCCAGUUCAGUCAUUCCAACUCUGAUUGUUUACACUGGUGAGACAGAGAUGGUGACCUCGCUGGUCACUAGUGCUGGAGCAGGGACAAGUACAACUAUUCCAUCUACGACUGAUUUCCUGCAUGAACCAGAGGCUACAGCCUUACCAGUGACCCAUCCUAGCAUGGACGCCAGUUCAUCUGUUCCAAUUCUGACUGUCUCACCGAGUGAACCACAGAGCACAGCCUCGUUAGUGACCCAUCCUAGGACAGAAACCAGUUCAUCUGUUCCAACUAUGACUGUCUCCCCUGGUUUAUCAGGAAUGAUGACCUCACUGGGCACUAGCUCUGGCCUAGAGACCAGUACAACUAUUCCAACUUUGACUGUUUCUCCUGGUGAACCAGAGGCCACAUCCUUACGAGAAACCCAUCCUGGGACUCAUUCUGGAGCAGAGACAAAUACAACUCUUUCAACUCUGACUGCUUCUCUUGGUAAAUUAGAGACCACGGCCUUACCAGGCACCCAUCCUGUGGCUGAAUCCAGUUCAGCUGUUCCAGCUCGGACUGUCUCCCCUGGUGUACCAGGGGUGGUGACCUCACUGCUCACUAGUUCUGGGGCAGAGACCAGUACAACUAUUCCAACUCUAACUGUUUCUCCUGGUGAACAAGAAAUCACAUCCUCAUUGGCCAGUCAUCCUGGGACUGAGUCCAGUUCAGCCAUUCCAACUCUGAUUGUUUCCACUGGUGUGAUGGAGAUGGUGACGUCAUUGGUCACUAGCUCUGGGGUAGAGACAAAGACCACAAUCUUACCAGUCACCCAUUCUGAGGCUGAGUUCAGUUCAGCUGUUCCAACCUGGGCUACCUCUCCUGGUGUACCAGGGAUGGUGUCCUCCAUGGUCACUAGUUCUGGGGCAGAGAGUAGUGUAACUACUCCAAUGCUGACUGCUUCUCCUAGUGAACCAGAGACCUCAGCUUUCUUGGUCACCCACCCCAGCACAGAGACAAGUCCACCUAUUCCUGCUUCCACUGUUUCCCCUCAUUUAUCAGAGACCACAGCCUCACUAGCCAUCACAGACGGAGUGGAAAUGAGUACAGCCCUUCCAACUCAGACUGUUUUCCUUGGUGUAGCAGAAACAACAUUCUCUCUGGUCACCAUACCCAGGACUGAGACCAGCAGAUAUGAUCUAUCUCCAACGGCUUCACCUGGUGUUCCCACAGAAACAGCCUCACUCUCCACCCAUCCUCGGACAGAGACCAGCACAAAUAUUCCAACUUCAGCUCCUUCCCCUGGUCUACCAGAGACCACAGGUUUACUGGCCACCAGCCCUGCAGAAGAGGCCAGCACAGGUAUUCUGGCGCUGACUGUUUCCCCUGGUGUACUUGGACCUGACACUGCCCCUGCAACAGCUGGGGAGCCUAAUGCUGUACCUUCCUGGAGCAUGGAAACCUCAGCACCUGUGACCUCAGUUGGACUCCCAGAAUUUUCCAGGACAGUCACAGCGGCCUCUGUGACCUUGAUACCAACAGAGACCCCAACACCACCUAAAACCAGUCAUGGAGAGGGAGCAAGUCCAGCAACCAUCCUGAAAACUACAAGUGUUGAGAUCACUGAUUCAGCUGCCACAGGGCCAGGUGCUACUGUGGCCGAGACUACAGCCACCUUCAGAACACUGUCCAGAAGUCCCUCUGCCCCUCGAACCACAGCUGGGAUGUCCACCUGGGCCUCUUGGAGUGUGAAUCCAGUAACAAGUGUGAGCCCUUCCCUGGUGCCCUUCACCAUGAACUUCACCAUCACCAACCUGCGCUACAUGGAGGACAUGGGGCACCUGGGUUCUGAGAUAUUCAACAUCACAGAGAGGAUUUUGAAUCGCCUUCUCAGGCCUUUGUUCCAGAACAGCAGUAUUGGGCCACUCUACUGUGGCUGCAGACUGACCUUGCUCAGGCCUGAAAAAGAUGGAGCAACUACUGGAGUGGAUGCUGUCUGCACCCAUCGCCCUGACCACACAAGCACUGGACUGGACAGAGAGCGGCUCUACUGGGAGCUGAGCCACGAGACCCACGGUGUCACCCAGCUGGGCUCCUACACCCUGGACAGGGACAGUCUGUACAUCAACGGUUACACCCAUCGGGGCUCAGCACCUACCCCCAGUGCUGCAGUGACCUCCACACUCUUCCAAGGGACCGCAGUGGUGCCACUCCCCUUCUCCAGCUCCACAGCAGUCCCCUUCCUAGUGCCAUUCACCCUGAACUUCACCAUCACCAACCUGCAGUACACAGAAGACAUGCGGCUCCCAGGCUCUGGGAAGUUCAACUUCACCGAAAAGAUUCUGCAGCACUUGCUCAGACCCUUGCUGGAGAAUAGCAGCCUGGGAUUCCUCUAUUCUGGCUGCAGAAUGGCCUCGCUCAGGCCUGAGAAAGACGGGGCAGCCACCGGAGUGGAUGCCACCUGCACCUACCACCCUAACCCUGAGGGCUCUGGACUGGACAGAGAGCGGCUGUACUGGGAGCUGAGCCAGAUGACCCACGGUGUCACCCGGCUGGGCACCUACAUCUUGGCCAAGGACAGUCUCUAUGUCAACGGUUUCACCCAUCGGGGAUCUGCACCCAUCACCACCACUCCUGGGACCUCCACAGUGAACUGGGGAGCCUCCAGGAAUCCAUCCUCUUUAUUCAUCCCCACGGCUACAAGAUCCACCCUGGUGCUCUUCACCCUGAACUUCACCAUCACCAACCUGCGCUACACUGAAGACAUGGGGCAUCCCAAAUCUGCUAAGUUCAACACCACUGAGAAGGUCCUACAACACAUGCUUGGUCCUUUGAUCAAGAACACCAGCAUUGGCACCCUCUACUCCAGCUGCAGAGUGAUCUCACUCAGGCCCAAGAAGGGUGGAACAGCCACCAGAGUGGAUGCCAUCUGCACCUACCGCCCUGACCUCGAGGGCCGCGGGCUGAACAGAGAGCAGCUGUACUGGGAGCUGAGUCAUGAGACCCACGGAGUCACCCGGCUGGACCCGUACACCCUGGACAGUGACAGCCUUUAUGUCAACGGUUACACCCAUCAGGCCCUGACCUCCUCCCUGAGCACUGCUGUGGCCUCUACUGUCUCCCCAGCAAGCUCUGUGGCUCUGGUCCCCGUUCCCUCAGCCACUGGCCCUGCCCUGGUGCCCUUCACCCUCAACUUCACCAUCACCAAUCUCCACUACAAGGAAGGAAUGCGUUCCCCGGGCUCCCUGAAGUACACCACCACCGAGAAGAUCCUACAGCGACUGCUUGGGUCCUUGUUCAAGAACACCAGUGUCAGCCCCCUGUACUCUGGCUGCAGAUUGACUUCGCUCAGGCCCAAGAAAAACGGGGCAGCCACCGGAGUGGACAUCAUCUGCACCCACCGCUCUGACCCCAAAGGCCACGCACUGGACAGAGAGCGGCUGUACUGGGAACUGAGCAGGCUGACCCGUGGGGUUACCCGGCUGGGCCACUACACCUUGGACAGGGACAGUCUCUAUGUCAAUGGUUACACCCACCAGAUCUCGGCCACCACCCCCAUAACUUCUGUGGUGGACACAAUUUCUGCAGGGAUACCGACACCCUUCUCCAGUUCUACAGUCGCUGGCCCAGCCCUUGUGCCCUUCACCCUUAACUUCACCAUCACCAACCUGCGCUACAUGGAGGACAUGCAGCCAGGCUCUGCCAAGUUCAAUUCCACGGAGUCAAUCCUGCAAUUCCUGCUCAAGCCCUUGAUCACCAACAGCAGCAUCGGUUCCCUCUACACUGGCUGCAGGCUGACCACACUGAGGCCCGAGAAAGAUGGAGAAGCUACUGGAGUGGAUGCUGUCUGCACCCACCACCCUGACCCCACAGGCCUUGGGCUGGACAGAGAGUGGCUCUACCAGGAGCUGAAGCACCAAACCCAUGGCAUCACCCGGCUGGGCCCCUACACCCUGGACAAGGACAGUCUCUAUGUCAACGCCCCUGGCCCUGUCCUGGUGCUCUUCACCCUCAACUUCACCAUCACCAACCUGCACUAUGUGGAGGACAUGCGUCUCCCAGGCUCCUUGAGGUUCAACACCACAGAGAAGGCCCUGCAGCACCUGCUCAAGCCCUUGUUCAAGAACACCAGUGUCGGCCCUCUUUACCCCAGCUGCAGACUGACCUCUCUCAGACCCAAGAAGGAUAGGGAAGCCACCGCAGUGGACAUCAUCUGCACCCACCACCCUGACCCAGGGGGCCAAAGGCUGACCAGGGAGCAGAUUUACUGGAAGCUGAACCAGCUGACCCAUGGGGUCACCCAGCUGGGCUACUAUACCCUGGACAGGGACAGUCUCUAUGUCAACGGUUAUACCCACUCGGACUUAGCCACCACCUCCACCAUAUGGUCCAAAGGGACAUCUUUCUCUUCCUCCUCCAAUGCAGCUCCUGAACUUGCCCUGCUUCCAUUCACCCUCAACUUCACCAUCACCAACCUGCACUACACGGAUGACAUGGGACACCCUGGCUCCACCAAGUUCAACUUCACUGAGAAGAUCCUGCAACGCCUGCUUGGGCCCUUGUUCAAUAAGACCAGUGUGGGCACCCUCUACUCUGGCUGCAGACUGACCUCGCUCAGGUCCAAGAAUGAUGGGGAAGCCACCAGAGUCAACGGAAUUUGCACCCUCCGCCCUGACCCUGAGGGCCCCAGGUUGGAGAGGGAACGGCUUCACUGGGAGCUGAACAAGCUGACCCAUGGCAUCUCCCAGCUGGGCCCCUACACCCUGGACAGGGACAGUCUCUAUGUCAACGGUUACAGCCACUGGGCAUCAGCCACCACCUCCACCACAACUGUGACCUCCACAUCUUUCCCAGCAUCCUCUCUGGCACCUGCUCUCACCAUCAAGCCCACAGGUCCUGAACCUACCCUGGUUCCAUUCACCCUCAACUUCACCAUCACCAACCUCAACUACGCGGAUGACAUGGGACGCCCAAGCUCCAUCAAGUUCAACUUGACUGAAAGGAUCCUGCAGCGCCUGCUUGGGCCCUUACUCAAUAAGACCAGUGUUGGCCCCCUCUAUUCUGGCUGCAGACUGACCUCACUCAGGCCCAAGAAGGAUGGGGAAGCCACCAGAGUAGACACUGUCUGUACCCUCCGCCUGGACCCUGAUGGCCCCAGGCUGGACAGAGAGUGGCUCUACUGGGAGCUGAACCAGCUGACCCAAGGGAUCAGCCAGCUGGGCCCCUACACCCUGGACAGGGACAGUCUCUAUGUCAAUGGUUACACCCACUGGGCCUCAACCACUACCUCCACCACUCCGGACACUUAGUCCAUCCACCUCCUAGGAAAUCACUCAGACAGCUUGGUCUCAACAUCUCCUGAACCUGCCCCAGAUCUGUUCACUCUCAACUUCACCAUCAACAACCUGCGCUACACAGAUGACCUGGGACGUUUGGGAUCCACCAAGUUCAACUUGACUGAAAGGAUCCUGCAGCGACUGCUUGGGCCCUUGCUCAAAAAGACCAGUGUUGGCGCCCUUUACUCUGGCUGCAGACUGACCUCGCUCAGGCCCAAGAAGGACGGGGAAGCCACCAGAGUAGAUGCCAUCUGCACCGUCCGCCCUGACCCUGAGGGCCCCAGGUUGAACAGAGAGUGGCUUUACUGGGAGCUGAACCAGCUGACCCAUGGGGUCACCCAGCUGGGCCUGUACACCCUGGACAGGGACAGUCUCUAUGUCAACGGUUAUACCCACUGGGCCUCUGCCACCACCUCCACCACAGCUGUGACCUCCACAGCCUUCUCAGCAUCCUAUCUGGCACCUGCCCUCACCACCAAGCCCACAGCUGCUGAACCUGCCCUGGUUCCGUUCACCCUCAACUUCACCAUCACCAACCUGCGCUACACGGGUGACAUGGGACGCCCAGGCUCUACCAGGUUCAACUUCACUGACAGGGUCUUGCAGCGCCUGCUUGGACCUUUACUCAAUAAGACCAGCAUCGGCGCCCUCUACUCUGGCUGCAGACUGGCCUGGCUCAGGCCUAAGAAGGGCAUAGCAACCACUGGAGUGGAUGCUGUCUGCACCUACUACUCUGACCCUGAGGGCCCCAGGUUGGACAGAGAGCAGCUAUACUGGGAGCUGAGCCAGUUGACCCAUGGUGUCAACCGACUGGACUACUACAGUCUAGACCGGGACAGUCUUUAUGUCAAUGGUUACACCUAUGCAGCCUCAGCCUCAACUACCACCACCGGGGAGGUCAGCGAGGAGCCGUUCACCCUGAACUUCACCAUCGACAACCUGCGCUACUCUGCCGACAUGGGCCGCCCAGGCUCCCUCAAGUUCAACAUCACGGACACUCUCUUGCAGUACCUGCUCAGCCCCUUGUUCCAGAGGAGCAGCCUGGGUGCCCGAUAUGUAGGCUGCAGGCUCACCACGCUAAGGUCUGAGAAGAACGGUGCCUGGACAGGAGUGGACGCCCUCUGCACCUACCGGCAGCCCCCUAGGGGUCCAGGCCUGCACGCCAAGCAAGUGUUCCAUGAGCUGAGCUGGCAGACCCGUGGCAUCACCUGGCUGGGCCCCUACUCACUGGACAAGGACAGCCUCUACCUCAAUGGUUAUAAUGAACGUGGUCCAGCUGAGCCUCCAACAACUCCUGAGUUGGCCACUACCGUCCUGCCUCCUUCAUCAGCACCUGUGCAGCAAGAAGCCACCACAGAUACAGGACACACCCUGAAGACCCUCAUGCUCAACUUCACCAUCUCCAACCUCCAAUAUUCACCAGACAUGAGCAGCCUCAGCUCUGCCACGUUCAACUCCACCAAGAGGGUCCUGCAGCACCUGCUCAGACCCUUGUUCCAGAACAGCAGCCUGGGCCCCUUCUACUCGGAUUGUAGACUGAUCUCCCUCAGGCCUGAGAAGCACAAGGCAGCAACCAGAGUGGACGCCAUCUGCACCUACCACCCUGACCCUGCGGGCCACAGACUAGACAGAGAGCGGCUGUACUGGGAGCUGAGCCAGCUGACCCAAGGCGUCACCCAACUGGGUCACUACACCCUGGACAGGGGCAGCCUCUCUGUCAAUGGCUAUGCAUCCCAGAGUUUAUUGACCCAGAGCGAGUACCUGCUGCACUUUCGCAUCGUCAACCAGAAUCUCAGCAACCUGGACCCUGCGUCCUCAGAGUACACUGCACUGCUGUGGGACAUCCAGGACAAGGUCACCACACUCUAUACCGGCAGCCAGCUACGAGACGUGUUCCGCUCCUGCCUGGUCACUGACUUGAAGUUGAGCUCUGUGUUGGUCACCAUCAAGGCCCUGUUCUCCUCUAAUCUGGAACCCAGCAUAGUGGAGCAAGUCUUCCUAGCCAGGACCCUGAAUGCCUCAUCCCACUGGCUGGACACCACUUACCAGCUGGAGGACCUGCAUGUGACAGGAUUGGAGCCAUCAGUUCAUCUACUGACAGACAAACCAACAAGCAGCCUCAGCCCCCAGCACUUCCAGCUGAAUUUCACCAUCACCAACCUACUGUAUUCCCAAGCCAUAGCCCAGCCAAACUCUACCAAAUACCAGCAGAACAAGAGAAGUAUUGAGGAUGCUCUCAACCAGCUCUUCCGAAACAGCAGCAUCAAGAGUUCUUUUUUAGACUGUCAAGUUAAAGCAUUCAGAUCUGUUCCCUUCAGCAACCACAGCGGGGUGGACUCCUGGUGUAACUUCUCACCCUUGACUCGGACACUGGACAAAUUUGCCAUCUAUGACGAAUUCCUGCAGCUGACCCAGAACGGUACCCAGCUACAGAACUUCACCCUGGACAGGAACAGUGUCCUAGUGGAUGGGUAUUCUCCCAACAGACAUGAUGCCUUGACUAAGAAUGCCGACCUCCCCUUCUGGGCCAUCAUCCUCAUCUGCUUGGCGGGACUCCUGGGACUCAUCACCUGCCUGAUCUGCUGUUUCCUUGUCACCACCUGCCUGCGGAAGAAGGAGGGAGAAUACGAAGUACAGCGCCACCGCCUGGGCUAUUACCUGCCACACCUAGAUUUAAGGAAGCUCUAA